UAGAAGCGUGCCUCAGACUGACCGUCGUAGUUGUUUUUUCAUUCUCUCAUAUAAUUUUCAAGGUGCCUCCAACAUUCUGAAGGCCAAACUUGUUACAACUUGCAAUGAACGUAAGUAAGUACUUUACUCAUGUGGGAACUCUGGGGUCCAAGUGGCUCGUGGCUUAUCUGCUUAUGGAAGAGUCCCAACAUUUAUGGUAGAUCGUAGCGUCUUGCUGGGCCAAUAUUUCUGGCUUCUUUCUCGUGCUUAGUGUCAUACAUGGGGAUGCGGCGCAUCUUCUUGUUCGCAGUUUCAGUUUUGUGGCUACUUUGGGCACACAAGAGCCGCCGAUGUUUUUUUUUCCACCGCAAGAUAGCGAUAGGGGGGUCAAGUGUGCAAACCAAUGUUGCUGCGCCUGCGGGUAUCACACAAGAAAAGCGCCUUAGUGAUUCUCUUGCAAAUCAGCGGCCCGCGCAGACAGAGCUUCUGCCCGAUCAUAAGAACACGACGCUCGAGCAGAGUCUUGUCCAAGAGAACGAGCUAAAGGCGUCGUAUAUCAGAAUCGCAGAGAAAUGCGGACUGCCAUCGCUGGAGGACGGCGUCGAUGGUCACGGGAAGAUGUGCGCGGAUUUUUGGAAAAAGCCGAACGAAAAACUCGUGCGCGAGGCGAGUUUUUUUAUUAGCCUGCAAAACGAAAGCGCGCUGCGCGGGUUCCGGUCGCACAUCGAGGCUACAACGGAAUCUGGCGAAGUAGUUGAAGGCGUGCUUGAAUCCAAUAGCAGUCUCGUGUCGUCGUUGUUGGCUAAAGACACGCCGAAGAACAUUUCUGGGAAUCGAUUUGGUGCGGUGGGUUGUACGUUGGCGCAUCUGCGCGUCGUAAAGAAAGCCUAUGAGCGAAAGCAUUCUAUUGUGGUGAUUGGUGAAGAUGAUGUCUCGCUUGGUUUAUGGCCAUUGUGGACUUCUAGCAUUGGAUCCUUUCUGGCAGAGCUUCCAUCAGGGUGGCACGCGGUUCAGCUGACUUCUGUCGGCACACAUCGAAAUGCUGGCGUGAAGUAUACCGCAGACACAAGGACGCAGUGGGGGACUGGCCUUUAUGCGCUCUCUCGCUCGGGAAUCGAGAUUCUGUAUAAAAGGUUUUUCCGAGCGGGACGCGUUACAUUAGCCGAGCUGAGGACAAGGUGCCGGCCGCUUGUCGCGGACGACUGCGUACUAGGAUUCUCGCCAAACCGAAUCGCGAACUGGCUUCCCGGUGGCAAAAGGCUUCUGCCUCUCCAGUGGAGGGUUGAGCCCCCUUUUGCUGUUGUCCUCCCUCGGCGUGGCAUACACGCCCCGAAUCGGCAGAUGUGCCAAAUUGCGAAGCUGGCUUUGGAAAAUUGCCGGAUGUAUCUGAGAAUGCAGGCUACCAACAACUCCGCCGUACCGUCAGGGGCUACCGAACAUCUUCGGAGCACGGGGGCUGCGGCAGCGACGCGAGGCGUUGCCGCCGCCCUUAACGAAACGGCGCAUAUGCGGCAAUGGGAUUCGAAUUGCGGCUGUACUCCAGCGAAAGACCUACCGAAAAGGAGUACCAAUGGGCAAUGUACACCGUUCCAUCCGGAUCGCCCCGAUCUGGCUCGUGUAAAACGGACUGAAGCGGGCCUCGAUGUGAGUGUCUAUCCGCUUCUUGUGCGAUACUCGCCAAAAGGAAACCAAACACUGGAAGAGGAGCUGCGUGUCAACAUAUCAUUACGAACGGCCGACCAGUAUUUUCGCACUCCUGUGACUUUGUCGGAGGUUUUUCUGAAGUUUGUGGCGUCGGGUAAUAAAUCGCGGCCGCGUGAGAAGUUCGCGGCGCCGAUCAGUGGGCUCCGUGGACCAUGAUGCACUGGGUCCGCCUUUUCUGUAGGGCACACGCAGGCCCAUGUGGGCCUCGCCUCCUUGUGGGAAGUCGCGGCGUGCUGGGUUGGCAUGAUAGCGGUCUCAGACAACCGGGGAGGGCUCUGGCGGCAGAGCUGAGGGCGGCCUCCGCGUUGUGCGGCUGCUUCCUUCAUGUUGCUACGAAGCGGAGUAGGCGCGCUCUGCGUUGUGGGGGGUGUUCUCGGGUGGGGUCUUGUUUGUGUGCAUGGGUUUCAAGCGGAGAAGCGUCUGGCGUAAGUUUCCUGAAAUUUGCGCCGCAAGUUUGUUGGGAGUUUGCUGAAAAGCUGCCGAAAAGACGCGAGCUCAGAAGUCAUCCAGAAGGGCCGCUGGUUGGGGUUAGAUUCUUGCGGUGUGCCACAGCUUCGGGCAAACUUUUUAGAAACUUUUGACAGGUUUCCCACUGUUCUCGGCCUCGCUUGAGAAAGGGCAGCGACGAAGCCCGGGCAACUGCAUUGGCCAAACUCUGCCGCCUCGCACUGGCUGCGGACGUCGUGGCCGGCGUGCAUAGUAGUCGCGCCACCUGCCCAGUGUCGACGCGCGCGCCUGGCUUGAAGGGAGGGACGCACGCAGCAGGCCGGCCCUUUGUGGUAGAGACUCGGGGCCAGGCGACGGGUGCCCGUACGAUUUGCGCCCCCUGAUGUGGCUUUGGCUUUUGAAGAUCGAAAAUCUCAAAACGAACUUUGGUGAUAUUUCUCAGUAGCGCUAUCGGGUUCGACCUUCAAAGGCCAGCGGCCCUUGAGGAUGGAAGGCCCCGGACUGGUGUGCGGCCUUUGGGGAUGGCCUUCAUUUUGAGGAUCCGACCUGAGACAAACCCGCCGCCGGAUCUUCAAACUGAAAACUGUCUCUAACUGGCUUGUGCAGAUGGUUCUCAUUUUGAGGACCCGACACGAGACACACCUUUGGCAGAUCCUCAAAACGAAAAGCAUCCGCAAAGAUGAGCUGCUUUUUGAGUAGCCCUGCGCAUUCGGUAUAUUCUACUCAUUGAGUAGACAGAGAUACUGGGAAACUACCGCAAAAGCCACUGGGUUUGAAGGAUAGUGUCCAUUUUGAGGAUCCGCCAGUUGGUUCGUGUUGUGUCGGAUCUUCAAAAUCAAACCCCAUCGCAAUCGAAAGCCAGCAGGAGUGGCUUUUGAGGGCUGACCUCGGUAGUGCUACUGAACUACUGCUGACCUCGGUAGUGCUACUGCCUCAGGGUUCGCUUUUUCGAUCUGGCUCCUGAGAGUCGAACCCAGUGGCUCUAAUGAGAAAAGUCCGCAAGUUUCGUUUUGACGUUUUCGACUAUCGCAAGCCGAUGGCCUUUGUGGAUCGUUCUCGGUACGUAGCGUUGCGGAGGAAUGGCCCCAAGUUUGCUGCAAUCGUAAAAGCCGGCGGCUUUUGUUGAUUCUUUUGCGCAAGUUUCAGGGUGUGGCCCCCAAUCCCCGAAAGCCACUAGCUCGCGCGGUGUGAUGUUGUCAGAGAGAGUGGCGCGGUCCACGAAAGCCCCCAGCCCCUUGUGGUUUGUUGUGCGGGCGCUCUCUUGUCGACUGUUCUAUGUUGUGCAACUUCCUUCACUAGAGCUACUCUAAUUGUUCCGCUCGUUUUGAAGUGGGUUCUGAAAGUCGUUAAACUGUCGAGAAACUUCCUCGGCUUGCAAAGGGAAAACCAACCGAGCCGAGCGCGCCAGCGGGUGAGGUUUAGCCGUGCAAACUCUCGGAAGGCGUUUGGCGUGUUUUUGUUGCGUUUUUUGUUUGGCGAGGCAGUGCUAGCUUUCGUGUGUUUUGAACAUUCUCGCGGGCCGUGUCUGCCACUGGUGGCCGCGCGCUGGGAUUCGGGGGCUGCCCACGGGGGGCAGUUCGUCUUUGCGGGUCUCUCUGUGGGAUUGAUGUCAAGACGGGGUCUCUGUAGGUGACGCGUGUCAACAUCUGGCCCGAGCCGGAUGGUGUCCUGAUGUGUUGAGGGCUUGGCAUGUGGGCUUGGUUCGGGUCAUCCCUUUUCUGGGAACUUGCACUCUCUGGCGUCGCAUCGUGUGCCGUCUGGCAUCCCGCGGCGCAGGUCAAGCUUUGGCGUCUGUGGAAGUCUUGCGAAGGAGGGUAAUCGGAGCACCCACUUCCGUGCAGGGGUCCACGUAAUAUCCGGGCACUCUUCUUAAGAUCACUCUGCUUAGUUGAUGCUGGUGGCCUCUGUCUAAUAUCAAGGAGAAAAGUGCCAGUCGUCGUGCCGAGGCUGUGCGACGGUGAAGCGCCGCUAGCCAUUGUGGGUGUGUUUACCACAGCCUCUGGAGAUAUGCAAAGAAAAACGCAUCGGGCCGCGGGCAGUAGGAGCCGCCAUCCGUGUGUCUUGCAAAGGUAUGUUAUUGGCACAAAAAGGCUUACGGCUAGCACCCUCAAAGCCUUGGCGGCAGAAAAUGAGACGCAUCAGGAUUUGGAGUACCUGGAGCAAACAGUGGAAAAUAUGAAUAGAGGCAAAUCUUUGGACUGGCUGCAAAUCGCUUUCCAGAGGUUUCCCCACGCCACGUACAUAGCAAAGCAGGACAUUGAUAGCUUCUUGCAUGCUUUAAACCUUUACUCCUGGCUUUCUGUCCUGCCGGUGCAGCGCUUGGUUUAUGGUGGCGAUUGCUCCCACAAGCUACCCACGACAAACAAAGUGUGGCCAUCACUUCGGGCGACAAACUGGUGGACGUGCGGAGAGUUUUAUCUGUUUACCCGGGAUGUUAUUGAGAGGAAAACGGCACUCGCAUUCAAAUCUCAAAAAAGUUUUCCAGUGGGGUAACGCGCGCAAGACCCUGUGUGCGCAAUGAUGGGCAGUGUGGCUAGUGAAAGCAUGGGGCCGAAGAGUUCCCACGCAGGACCACACGCCGCGCAACACCUCAAACCGCGCGCCAUCACGUAUCCACAGGCGAAUGGCCCACAAAUGCCAGAAAAAACGCAGGGCAGGCGCGCCGGUUGGUUGUGGCUUGUCUUGCAGCCACGAGGCAGAACCAAACGACGGGCAAACUGCUGGCAAAAGUCGGGGAGCCUUGUGCCCGCUUUGGGCGCUUGUCCCUGUGGGGGUUGCACCAUGAGGGGUGGGGGGCAGCGUUGCCGGCUGACUGUGAUGAGGGAGAGGGGAGGGGACUCGGGAUCUUGGUGGCAAGUGUUGAAAGUCUGCGGCCAAAGGUGCGACGGGUGGAGCCUGUCGACUUCUCACUCUCAACAUGAUCGACGUGGCGACGCGCAUCAUGAUGCGCGCGGCGAUGCGUCCGAAGAUCGAUGCUGGGUGUGGAUUUGAACGCCAGCGCAUGGAUUUGAAUACCUUGCCCGGCAUGGUCCACGAUAGGGGUUCGAAUACCAGGGCCAAACAGUGGCCGAAUUCUGGAGGUUAUUCGCCCCGAGGCUUGCCCGUUUUGAAGGUUACAAAUUUCACCAAGCAGAUCAGGGGUCAACUGGGUUCGGCCUUUUGUGCAGAUUUUUGCGGUUCGUUUUGGUAUUCACGCAUGUGGCGACGCAUAUCGUCACAGUCGCGGUGAAGCGUGCCAAGAUCGACGCGCGGACCUGAAUGCCAGCGCAUGGGUUUGAAUUCUUCGCCCGGAAUGUUGGUCCACGGUGGGGGUUUGAAUACCUACCCCGAAGCCCAGGGGCUUCAAAGCCAUCAGGGGUGCCCAAGCGCCUGGGGUCACCUUGCCGCGGGUCUCUGCGGCAAGCGGUGGGCUGGCUGGCCUGCCGUUCGCGGCUUGGUGGUCUCCCUUUGUGUGGCCAUGUCGCGACCAGCGCCGCCAGCUCUCGACGCUAAAGAUGGCGGCCUCUGGAGAUUUUUGGUCAUUUGCUCAGGGUCGCGCCUUCGCUCCUCGCAUGUGGUGCGGCCCAUCGUCUGUCGCUCCUCAGGAGUUGCUGACGGCACCGCGCCCGCGCGGUCCAUCGUGUGGCCCAAAGCCCUGGCCAUAAUUGGACGGCGUCGGCUCAUCUGAUGAGCGGCCGGGCCGGGUGAUGCAUAAAAACGAAAGGGGUUCCACAUGGGCAAGGCCUCAGGGUCAGGGGUUGGCUGUGUGGUGUCCAGAGGGGAACCCUCUGCGCCCGAAGCGCCAGCAGGUCGGGGCCAGGCGACCGCCCUCCCCAGAUCGGGGGGCCCCUCUCUCCCUCUCGCUCCUCAGGAGUUGGGGCCGCCCUCGGUGGCUCGUUGACUAAGCUAGCACGCUGCGCGCCUCAGAUGGUAGCUGAAGCAACUAAAGACACAACUUUUUUGAUUUUUGAAUGUGAGUACUCCUUUUCUCGUGAUAGAUGUAGUAGAGCGGAUGACUGAAGGUCCUGAUUGGAGGAGGAACCGAAUUGGAGCAGAAGACGGCGUUGUGUCGCGGCAGGUGAAAAUGGCAGAUCUGAAAACGCUGCAUGUCGUUUCAGAUUGGUACCGACUCAUCGACUUCCCCAAUACGUGCCCAGAGAGUCGCUAUUUAUGGGAUCAGCCGCUUGGGCGCAACGCAGAAGCAGUUCUGGUGCAUCAACUGAAGAAAGCCCAUCAGUGGGAUGCCCUUCUGAAAUGGCUAGACGCAACUCACAACGGAACCAAGCCGUGCCCGCAGCGUAUAGGAAACGGCCCGCACGAUGUUGAGUCUGAGACGUUUGCACCAGGGCCAGAGGCAAGCACGAAAUCGACGACGGCAGACGCCGCACUCGAUUUUGCGACAAGGCUGCGAAGCUUUGAGAAUGUGUCAUGGGGCCGCGGUUCAUUUAUCGACGAAGCCUUCUGGGAUAACUUGUGGAGCGCUGCCGAGUCAGACACGAUAUGUACUGGGCAUCUUAUUCUCUCGAGUUUUUUCAACGAUCGACAGUACCAGGCCAGGAGCGGAUGGGGCACACAGGAUAGAAGGUCCGUUGGUGGGAGGCCAAUCGGAGAUCUGGAGCCGACCAAGAGAUUUCGAUUUGCGGAAAGGUGGUGGAAUUCAGUGAGAAACAGUUCAAUAUGUGGACUUGUGUUGACUGAUUUCCCCGAGCUAGAGGCCCAUAACAGUGAGCGCGUUCGUGCCGUAUCGGUAAACUACGGCAAAGCCCGCAAUGCAUUCAACCGAGUGUAUGGGUCGAACGACGUGCGCUUUUUUUUCUUUCACGAGGUACUCACUUUUGCGGAGGAAUUUAGAUACGUCUGGAUGGCGGAUUUGUUCGAUGUUAUUGUGUAUGAUGUCGAAAACUAUACUCAUACUCAAAAACUUGAAAAGUUAUUUGCUUGCCCUAACGCAGACAGACAGCAGACAGGCCAGCAUAAGGAGCCACGAACAGAAAGUAGCCAACGGCAAAAGCUGUGGAUGAACAUGAAGAAAGCCGGAGCCCGGCGCAACCAGCGAAGCCCAAGCAGGCGCCCACUGCGAGUCUGCUGAGGCCAGCGCCUAGCCCCUACGAUUGCGCGAGGCGAUGGGGCCUCUCGGCGAAGCCAGGCGCCCUGGUGUCUUGGCUCGCUAAGCGAGGGGCCCGGCGACGUCACCUAUGGGGCCAAAGCGAGUGCCCCACAGCUUGGACGCCUACACGGGUCCAGGCAAGGCGCGCCAAGGUAUAUAUGUCUCAGGGCCUUCCGCCCUGUGGUGGCGCCUCUUGGGGCACUGCGCCCUAACCCCUCCCUCCCUGUGGUGCGCUCGGUGGUGCCCUCGUGGUCUAUACAUGAAAAAGCGGCGUUUUGACUGGUUCCCCUUUUUAUGAGGAAACGAGCCAGGCCGCCCGCCCUCGUGCUCCAUACAUGAAAAGGUGACGCCUUCACUGCUCUGCCCUCAAAGGUGGGAACCAGUCAAAGGAGGGAGGGCGGGUUCGUGGUCUAUAUGUAAAAAAGCGUGUGUUUGUGUAGCUCGUUAGAGUUCACCGGUGUCGUGCGCCAAUGGGGGCGGGCUAGUAUAUAUGACACCAGGGACAGCCUGGCACAAAUGUCCUCGCCAUGUUAGUCGUCAACUUCGGAAAUUUCGGAAAAAGCGCCGAGGAGCUUAAACCGCGACCGAAAUGCUCAGGGGUAUUUCAGUCGCAAUUUUUGGUCGUCAAUUUCAGGCAAAGCAAGAACAAGAAAAGCGCCCAGCUUCCCUCGUGUUUUGCGCCGAUUUGUUGGAUCAUCGUGGGAGCUUGGCAAAUUUGUACGAACUUGCCGAACCCCCAUGAAGUUCUGGAAAAGAAAUCUGAUGACUUGAACGGUGCCGCCGUUUGUGUUGUUUGUAUUGUUGUCCCGCUUGUGCACGCUUGUACUCCUUGCACGCCUUGCGCAAUUUGUGCACGCUGUACACCUUGCGCAUCUUGCACACCUUGCGCACCUUGUGCACGUUGUACACCUUGCGCACCUUGUACACCCUGCGCACCUUGUGCACGUUGUACACCUUGCGCACCUUGUACAUCCUGCGCACCUUGUACACCCUGCGCACCUUGUACACCUUGCGCACCUUGUAGGUACACCUUGCGCACCUUGUGCACCUUGCGCACAUUGCACACAUUGCACACCUUGCGCACCUUGUCCACCUUGUGCACUGCAGCUCGUAAACCUUGCGCAUCUUUUACACAUUGCACACGUUGCACACGCUUGCGCCGCCUGCACUCCCCAAGAGUCUUGCUUCUCGACGCAAAGUAAGGUAGCGCCUGUAGCUCAGUUGUAUUGUUUAGCCUUUCGCCGUGUAUUCUCGUCGACGCGCUUUUGGCGAAAAAGUGCAAAAAGUGACAGCGAUGACAGCCCGCGUAGAAUGAAAAGCCGCAACAAAUCGCGGUGGCGUUCUUGAAUGUGGUAGCCAAAUUUAUGAACGAGUGGCCAUCCUCGCUUUGCGAGUAGGGGGCCCCGCUUCUCUUAGGGAGGGCUAGGGGGGUGGUGCCUCAGGCUUUGGGCCAUGGUUUUAGUUAUAUAGAUAUGAAGCACCGAGCUCGGCCUUUUUAUUGCAGAAAAAGUUCUAGAGAAAGUGCCCAGACGUGUCGCCUUAGAGCGACGCGCUUAAAGCGACGCGCUGAAGACGAAGCGCCUACAGCGAAGCGCUUAAAGCGAAGCGCUUAGAGCGACGCGCGUAGAGCGACACGCUUAAAGCGAGGCGCUUUUGGCGAUCCACUUACAACGAGGCAGCGACGUGCCGACGCUCUCCGAGUUUUGGGGUGGUGAUCUGGUCGACACCACUUGGACAAGUUGACCACUUUACGCCCAUCUGCGUGCGUAAAGUGGUCAACUUGUCCAAAUGGUCAAGCUGCUAAGUUUGGGGCUAUACCCAUCAUCGGUGGGAUGGCUUUCCUGACGUCAGCGGUGGUUCGCCUUGGACAAGUUGACCACUUUGCGCACACCUGCGCGCGUAAAGUUGUCAACUUGUCCAAGUGGUCAAAUUAUUCAGGUUGGGGCUAUACCCACCGCGAGGCGAGUUUGUUCAUUUUACGCCCCUACACGUGCCGGGUGUGAUGGAAGGAUGGAAAGAGACGGCCUGCUAGACCCUUGCUUGCUCAAACCUCUGAGCAAUUUGACUCGAAGCCCUAUCGUUUGGAGCCUAUCAUUUAGGGCGGCGCCCUCUGCGCCGCAAAAAGCUAGCCCCGGUGGCGCUCUCAGUGCCGCCGUUAAGGGCUAGCAUUUAUAUAAGCACGUGCCCGCAAAGCAUGGCGCAGCUUGGUGGUUGGUCUUUUUGACUGCUCGGGAGAGGUGGAGGCCUGCGGGCUUAGGUAGCCCCAUGGGCCUCAGGCGAUGGAACGAGCCGCACGGACAGCGAUGGAACCCCGAAAAGCACGCCGCAUGGAUGCAGCAAGGCUGGCAAAGUGGUGGCGCUUGUGUCGUCUUCAGGUGUGUGGGCCGAUUCACGUGGGAACUGCUAGCGACACUCUCUGGGUCUUCAAAGCGGCAGAACGUAGAGCGGAGAGGGGUCCGCGUAGGGGUCUUGUCAAGGUGUAUCCAGCGUCCGCGCCAAAUCCUUGCGUCCACCCUUUCGAAAAAAAAAGGCAUUGAAUACACUUUGACAAGGUCCCCUCUUGAAGUUUUUCCCCUCUACAUUCUGAAUGCUCGCGAAAGGGUGACCAGCUGCGCGCAGGUGAGGUUGUAACUUCGGGGGAGCUGGCCCAACGUGUCAGCAGCCUCCAGAGGUAUGCGCGUCCAAAAAUAUUCAGCGCCCGCCUCCGAGCCCAUGGCUGGGCUCACCCGUGUGCCCCGGCAAGGGGUUGGCGAGUCCUUGGACCCGUCUGGAAGUCUUCUGGGCCUUCUGAAGGCCAGAACAAACACGGCGCGGGAUAAAUAGAAAAAGAGGACAAACGAAGGAGAAAGGAGCGCAAAAACACAAACGGGAAAACUAGGUGGAGAAACGCUAAGGAAAAGGAAAGCGGAGAGGUGCGCGCAGGAUAAACAGAAAACGCGAGGGCAAGGGCGCAAAACCAACGAAAAUUUUAACAGCUAACACGUGGGAGGGCCUGGCGGGUUAGCCGUGAAAGAGGGGAAAAGCCGGAAGGGGUGGAGCAUUUAAGCGGAAGAAGAGGAGAGACAAACCGCCGGCGUAGCUGUUCCCGUCACGCUUCUCCUGCCUGGCAUCCCGUGGCUGUGUCCCCUGUCCUCUGCUUACUCCUGUGCCCAUCAUCCGCGGGAAUGCUCUGACACGGGGGGGGGAAUCCCUACGCAGUCGAACCGUGUGGGCAGCUGGGACAAAUGGGUGAGCAGCAUGCCCCCGGUUUGAUUGUUCGGAGCGUCGCGCCCCAAUGGCUAAGGCCAGCGCCGUUUGCUCUGAACUGCUCCGCCGAGUAAUUCAGCCCGGCUCUUCGGGAAGUAGGGCGAUUCUGUGAGGGGGUAAGUGCGCUCUUUUUCCCGGGGUUUUCCCAUUUAAGCGGUGGAGGGGAGGGGGGCGGCAGCGGACCUUGACGCAGCGGGUGGCGGCUUAGCACAUCCGACAAGGCUGAACAAACACACCGAGACGAAACCAACACCGGCGGAGCAUCUGAACAAACCGGCGGGGCAGGAGCGGGGCCCCGUCGGUGAUCUUGGCGCAAAUCUAUCACGAAAGAGAAAGGAGCUCGCAGAAGGUGAAUUUCACCAAGUUGCAGAGUUUUCGAUAUGCGAAAGCGCCCCAGCUGUAUUUAGCCCACGAUGUAAAGACAAAAGGGACCCGCGCAAAAUUCGGCGGGGGCAGUUUGCACGAGUGCGGGCCCAUUUGCACGGGGUCAGCCUUCCCGGACGGCUGCCCCCUCCGUGUGUCUUUUGGCUCGAUUGCAGUCGUUGGGGCGUCUGGUCCCCAGGUUUCGCCCGCGUGGCUUAUCUUUGGGGACAAGACAGCCAUAGAGCGACCCCACGGUCUCAGCGCCCGCUACCGCUGCCACCUAUCCUGUGGACUGCUGGCUAGGAGUGUGCUGGCCGCGUAGGUAUGUCCCUCCGAUUGCCAAGGGUGGUCCCCCACGGCCAGCGCGUGGGUGUUUGAGUUUCCCACGCUGCCUCUCGAGAGGACAGCUGGCGCAGGCCAUCUCUGCUCUGGUGAUCAUGUGGGAGGUACAUGGGCUGACUGGCAGCACAUAGCUAGGUGCUUGCUGUGCUUUGUCGUUCCCGUUCGUUGCCUUCUGGCUGCGGCUGAAGGCCUUUUCGCAGCUGUGCGGCCCCCGCGGCUUGGUGUUGGCGAAUAUAUGCAUGCGCCCCCACUCGAUGGAACGUGGGCCAUUGAUCCAUCGCUGGCCAAAUGGACCAGGCUUGGACGUCUUUCAGCUUUUUCGCCAAGUUUUUGAGCCUCGACCCAAAGCCUUGACCACGCCGCCCUCAUCUACUCGAACGUAUCUGAGUCAAGUAAAACAAAAGAACCUUCCUGAAAACUCUGAAAGCAGCCCCUCGAUGUAGUAUUGUGAGUAACUCUAACAAUUAACUGCGAAUCUACUGGCCCGACGUCGUGGUCGGUCUAGUUCUUCAAUAUAAUACUUUUUCAAGUUUUUGAAUGUGAGCAAGGUUCUGGGCUCCAUAUUGUGCGAAGACCUUUCAUACCACAGCCUCACCUAAUUUAUGUCGGACAGGAUAGCGUUAAUAUAGGAAACUCAUGGGCAUCGCAAAACUUCGAGGAUCUGGGGGGUGUGUAUUUGCGCUUUUAUCGGGAGGAAUUGGAGCCAAUUGGCCAACAGCAGAAGCUGUGGAGUGCUGGGUUAUUGGGUGGAUAUCGGGUAGUAGUCCGAAAAUUCCUUGCGCGUCUGUGUGCCGUAUUGUCGGACCCGCGGAUUGCCAUGCUACAGCGAGAAUCGAAAACGAGUAGAGCCCACUGGGGCUUCCAGAAUGUGAAUAUGGCCGCGGUGAAUUAUGUGGUCGCCAAGUAUUUUGCAAAAGCAUCACAUGGCGGGCCACCUUUCAACUCAAACUAUCGAGGCUUUGAGACAUCGCGGUGGGACGUCUUUUUCAUCCACAAGUAGGCCUGGCAGGCUCACGUGAGGCCUUUUUCUGAUUCCUCCCGUGAUUGAGAAAGUGCUAGUGUUUAUAAGUAUAUAAUUACAAAUGAAAAAGUUGGACAUUUCUGAGUCGCGACUAAACGUAUGGACAGAGAUAAAAGGAGUGCACUCUUCAACUGCUGCUAGAUAGUAAAAUCGCGAGGGCGGACUUCUGGGCGGAACAGUCGAGGCAGGCGAAGACGGAACCAACAGGACCCGCCUCCAAUGCCUAGCGUGCUUGUCUGAUUCCCUUCGGGUGGAGGUGGACGGGGUGCAGCGCUUGGCCUGGCGGGUUUCGCUUGGGUCGCUCGCACCAAAAAAGGGCGACAGGUUGGCGCCUCUUUUUGCGGUUGCUGGCGGGGUUCUGAGCUGGCAAAGGGGCGGCAUGUGCGAUAGAGUCGACAACAAGGCCUCGGAAGCAUUCUUGCUGGCGGCUUUUCUUAGGCGUCUUCGUGUGGGUUGGCCUCCGCCUCGUGGACUCCACCGCGACGCCGCCCCCCUCUCGUUUCUCGCCUUCGGCGCCAGACCUUGGCACACAUUUGCGCUUGCGCGACCUUGGUGUAGUAGUAGUUUCCAUCCGGUAAGCGUUCGAAGAUCGGCAAGACCGGUGCUCAAGUUAAUUAUAAGCGAUUGGCGCGUGGUAAAAAGAGACCACUAAGCUGCAGACCUCUAGAAUUCGCUCUACCAGGAGCGAAAAGCCCCCGACAUCGUGUCACAGAGAUGCGAAUCCUUCCAACGCGGAUCGGCUUCGCUGCCGGUCCAGUUGUCUCCAGGCAGAGUCGAUGACGCCCCGGCGUCGUUUAAUUCACACCGGGUUCUCUGGCUUGGCCCAGACCAGCCAGUGCCAGGAGUUUCUCGGCUUGCUUCCGUUUAC